AUGGAGAAACCAUGGAAGUGUGGGGAUUGCAGGAAAGGAUUCCGCUCCCCCUCCGUGCUGGAGAUCCACCGCCGUGUCCACACUGGGGAGAGGCCGUUCAGCUGCUCCGAGUGCGGGAAGGGCUUCACCCAGUCGUCUAUCCUGCUGACCCACCAGCGUUUCCACACCGGGGAGCGGCCCUUCACCUGCCCCGUCUGCGGCAAGUGCUUCACCCAGUCGUCCACCCUGCUGACCCACCAGCGGGUCCACACCAGGGAGCGGCCCUUCACCUGCUCCAUCUGCGGCAAGGGCUUCACCGACUCCUCCCACCUGCUGACCCACCAGCGGGUCCACACCGGGGAGAGGCCGUUCAGCUGCUCGGUCUGCGGCAAGAGCUUUACCCAGUCGUCCAACCUGCUGCAGCACCAGCAGGUCCACACCGGGGAGUGGCCCUUCACCUGCUCUGUCUGCGGCAAGGGCUUCGCCCGCUCGUCCGACCUGCUAACCCACCAGCGGGUCCACACGGGGGAGCGGCCGUUCAGCUGCUCGGUCUGCGGCAAGAGCUUCACCCGCUCGUCCACCCUGCUGCGGCACCAGCGGCUUCACACCGGGGAGCGUCCCUUCACCUGCUCCGUCUGCGGCAAGAGCUUCUCUCACUCGUCCACCCUGCUGCGGCACCAGCGGCUUCACACCGGGGAGCGGCCCUUCACCUGCUCCGUCUGCGGCAAGGGCUUCACCCAGUCGUCCCACCUGUUCUCACACCAGCAGGUCCACACCGGGGAGCGGCCCUUCACCUGCCCCGUCUGCGGGAGGGGCUUCGCUUCCUCUCAGCACCUGCUGCGGCACCAGCGGGGGCACAAGUGACGGGGCCAGCCGCUGUGAGUCACCGCCCAGGGCUGAACCCUGGGUGGGAUGGGGGAGGGUCACUGCAGUUGCUGUGCUCUCAUCCCCUUGGCAUCCAGUGGUUCUGCGAGCCUGCGACUGCGCAUUUCCUCCUGAAGUGGAGAUGUACAACACAGAAACAGACCCUUCGCUCCAACUCCUCCAUAUCCUCAACUAAUCAAGUCCCAUUUGCCAGCAAUUGGCCCUAUCCCUCCAAACCUCUCCUUACACAGAUACCCAAGUGGAUGCCUUUUAAAUGUUGCAAUUGUACCAGCCUCCACCACUUCCUCUGGCAGCUCAUUCCGCACGCACACACCACCCUCUGUGUGAAAAAUGUUGCCCCUUAGGACCCUUUUUAAAUCUUUCCCCUCUCACCCUAAACCUAUGCCCUCUAGUUCUGGCAAAAGACUUUGUCUAUCCCUAUCCAUGCCCCUCAUGAUUUUAUAAACCUCUCUUAAAGUCAACCCUCAGCCUCCGACGUUCCAGGGAAGACAACCCCAGCCUGUUCAGCCUCUCCCUGUAGCUCAAACCCUCCAACCCUGGCAACAUCCUUGUCAAUCUUUCUGAACCCUUUCAAGUUUUGCAACAUCCUUCCGAUAGACCAGAAGUGCACAUAAUACAGAGGAACUUCGAUUAUCCAGAAUUAGAUGAACCAGCACGGUGGCUCAGUGGUUAGCGCUGCUACCUCACAGUACCAGGGACCCUGGUUUCAUUCCUGCCUCAGGUGACAGACUGUGUGGAGUUUGCACAUUCUCCCCGCGUCUGCGUGGGUUUCCUCCUAGUGCUCCGGUUCCGUCCCACAGUCCAAAGAUGUGCAGGUCAGGGUGAAUUGGCCAUGCUAAAUUGCCCGUAGUGUUAGGUACAUUAGUCAGAGGGAAAUGGGUCUGGGUGGGUUACUCUUCGGAGGGUCAGUGUGGACUGGUUGGGCCUGUUUCCACACUGUAAGGGAUCUAAUCGUCAAGCGACUGAAAUACACCCUGCAUGUGUCCUUUGGAUAAUCGAGGUUCCUGUGUAUUCCAAAAGUGGCCUAACCAACGUCCUGUCCAGACCCCAACCCCUAUACUCAGUGCUGUGACCAAUAAAGUGAUCUGCAGAAUCUGCGGGACUUGCUUAAUCCUGGAAGGUAAAUCACGUGUUUCUCCUUCUCUUGCAGGUGGAUCCAAGAUUUCACUCUCUGUCCCAUUGAGUCUCCAGUCAGGUCCUUCAGCUCAACUGGUCUCUCUCAGUAUUUCUGACCCAUGUGAGCCUCUACGCACCUCCCCUUCACUUGCUCACACUUGAUUUCCCUUACAGCAGCAUUCCCUUCAGUUCCUUUCUCCCUGACGUCUGUAACCAGCUUCUCCUUAAAUGCCGUCCACCUCGACCUGCUACUGUGGGGGUCAUUCCCGCUGCAGACAGAGGUCUCUCCUUUGUAACCUCUUCAAAAGAUUUACCGCUGACUUCCCCCUUCAGUCUUUUCCAUUUCUGGGUCUUCCCGCUGUUGCGAAACUUGGAAGGGUUCAGAAAAGAUUUACAAGGAUGUUGCCAGGGUUGGAGGAUCUGAGCUACAGGGAGAGGCUGAACAGGCUGGGGCUGUUUUCCCUGGAGCGUCGGAGGCUGAGGGAUGACCUUAUAGAGGUUUACAAAAUUAUGACCGGCAUGGAUAGGAUAAAUAGGCAAAGUCUUUUCCCUGGGGUUGGGGAAUCCAGAACUAGAGGGCAUAGGUUUAGGGUGAGAGGGGAAGAUAUAAAAGAGACCUACAGGGCAACGUUUUAAUACAGAAGGUGGUGUGUGUAUGGAAUGAGCUGCCAGAGGAUGUGGUGGAGGCUGGUACAAUUGCAACAUUUAAGAGGCAUUUGG